ACGUGUUCCGCGGCCGAUUGUGGACAGCGUAAUGCGCUUUGAUAUUGCGGUGAGCGGUGGCUCGCCAUCGAGAAUGUCAUCAAGGGAAGAAAAUAUAAACAAUUUAUUAUUAGAGCGCUCAUUCGGGCCGGGCUGUAUGGCCGUGAUUUGUCCGAUGGGUGUGAUAUACAGAAAUACCCGCGCAAUAAACGACGUGACGCGUAAUCGCGGCGCGACAUCAGACAUUCACACGACCUGCGACUCCGUCGACAGUGCGUCCUCCUGCCUGGUCGCAGCGACUUCUUUUACAUCUGCGCUUCCUCAGAACGCAUAGGUACCUACUAUCACUUAUCCUCAAUGCGUAGGAUCCUCUUUCCUAACCUCCAAUACUUAGCAUAACUGAAUUAAUUGUAAUGCGGGUAUUGUGUUUAUUUAUACUGAAGUUGGCUGUGAUUUUCCGUUAACAAACAGUGGACAAGUAGUUAUCAGUGCAAAGUACGUCAAGUGCGUUCUUAACUGUAGAAUAGAUAGACAGACAAGUAAAGAUAGUGUAUUUGUACAUCUAAGUAGUUUUGUUCGUUAAGUAAAAAGGUCUACAGAGCGACGGUAUCAGAAAUCGAAGAAUUGAAAAAAAAUGAAUAAGACUGGCAUGGCUACUACAUCGAGAAGUAGAAAAAAGCAAGAAGAUGAGAAGAAGAAGAAAAAACAACCACCAGUUGAUAACCGUCCUUCAGUGCCGGCACCCAGUGAAGCACUGCUUAACAAUUUACGAACUGCAUUCGGACUCCUGGACCGUGACAGCGAUGGUCACGUGACGCCGGCAGAACUGCAAUUCAUGCUGCGGAACCUGGGUAUUGAAGUCAGCGACGAACUGAUUGCGGAGCUCAUCAAAGACGCAAGUAAAAAUGGAAACGGACUUAUAGACGAGAAUGACUUCAUGCAAUGGGUGACAAAGAUACAAGCGCUGCAAGGUUUGGAUGUGAGUACAAGUGGUGGGGACUCUGAAGAGGAAAUCACAAGGGAUUUGUUAGCGGCUUUUAAAGUGUUCGAUCGCGAUGAUAACGGGUACAUCACUCGGGACGAGCUGCGGUCGGCUCUAGAGAUGAUUGGUGAACCCGUGACUGACGCUCAACUCAACCAGGUGCUGGCGCUGGGCGACAUCGAUCACGAUGGCCGGAUCGAUUACGAAGAGUUUGUGAAGAUGCUGUUGUAAGAUGUAUCCCAAAGAAAAAAGACCUCACUAGCUGUUAACGCUUAGAUAAGAUGAACGCCCGAACCAAAUAAUUCAAUAUUAGCUAAAAUUAGACAAUCUCUCUGCGAAAGACAAUAUUUCGACCAUCCUUUAUUAUAUACUACUGUGACCAUACUUUAUGAUAUUUAUAGAAAAACAUUAUUUAUAACAGUAUGAAAUAUGUUGCAGUUGCAGUUGCAGCUACAGUUGCGUCUUCCAAUUAUAAAAAAUGUUUAGCAGUAGCUUAGAUCAUUUAUACUUCUAAAUAGAUAGUCUACACAGCAGCUGUAGAAACGUCGAAAAAAAAUAAUUUAAAACUAACUUCUAUUUUGAGCAGUUCACGCACACUAACACAAAGUGUCAUACAAAUGUAACGUGUAAGACGUAGAUUAUCACGCACACUAAAGUAUUAUUCCUGGCCUGUGUUUGUCGGUUGUUUAACAGAAAGAGUCUAUCUAGACGUAUAGAUUAUCUAAGAGCAGUAGCUGUAUAAUAUCGCAUUUGAAUACGUCCAUUAUUUGUAAAAGACAAUAUGAAAAUUGCUUUUGAACGAAUUAAUCAAAUUACAAGUUUGAAACAAUAAUAUACAUAAUAUUAUCGCAGAGAUUUAUAUACAGCAUAUCUGGUGGGACUCUAAGGAUACAAGAGGACGUAAUAUUUGGAGGUUAUAUAUGUUAAAAAAAUGACAUUAAUAAUGAAUAUUAAUUUUCUACUUAGUAAACUUAACUGAAAAUUAAGUAAUUGAUUACGUAACGCAUGGACACCCGUGUAGGCACUGAGGCAAUGAUUAUACGCUAGUAGCGGGGCGCAGAAUUAUAGCCUAAACACAUAGUCGGAUUUGGUACGGCCGGACCAUCAGAUGGUCCGGUGUCAUACUGGGUACGAUUCAGACGGUAAUAAUAAUAAUUUUGUGUGGACAAUGCGACAUACUAUGGAAUACGAUCCGGUGCAGGACCGCGUCCGCGUAUUUGUAAGCGGACACACGGACCUGUCGAUGCUUGCGCUCAAUUAACGAAAGACUCGUCCACUCAGCGGUGACGUAUCUUCACUUAUUUACUGGGAAAUUUGUUGUAUGUAUACAACAAAUUUCCUUUAUUGUAAUAAAGGACCUAAUUUUGUUACAUAAUUAGUAUAAGACUCGAAUACGAAAUACUCUCCUUAAGUAUCCUUAGUGUCUUAUUGUAUAGCUUCGAUUGAAAUUAUAUUAGUAAUAAAAAAAUAUGUAUUUAUUUAAAAAAAAUGUAUACUUACCUGUAUAGAUUAUUUUUAGAGAUGCAUAUUCGUAUGUAUUCUAAUUAUUUUAAUCAUAAUAACUCCAUAUUAUGAUUAUUAAACCUAAGUUAAGUACCUAUUUUAGCUAUCGAACAAUUUUGUCCCUUUCUCUCCUGUUUGAGAGAAAGGAACGAAACAUUUGAUACCUAAAAUAGGAUUAAUAUGCGGUUGGUGUUAUAAUGAACAAGUUGGUAAUUAUUUAUUAAUUACUUGUUAGGCAUAUCAUUUAAGUUUUCUUUAUAAAAGAUAAGUAAGUUAAGCUCAUUACAAAAUGUAAGACAUUAUUACCUAUAAGUGUUUGUUUUGAUUUUCGCUUUUGUCGUCUCAUGAAGGUUUUAUAUAUAGAAUGUUUUUUUUAUUUUUAUGUUGUUCUAUAUAAUAUAGUUUAUACACGGACUAGUAAAAAAAGAAGGACUCCGCGCCGUGAUAUUAGUAAGUGAAGCACCUUUAUACUAGUGUGUGUGCGGUUACGGGGUAUACCAGAUACACAAUUUUUUCUCCCUUAAAUAAUCAUAUAUCCACAAAUACUUUUUCACAACGCACGACUGCAUUUUUAAAAUAUUUUAUUGAGACGCAAACUGAUCUGUUACAGACGAUGGCAAAUUUCAUAAUGGCGGCCGAUGGCUUGUAUUAAUGUAAGUGUAUGCAUGGGGCUACGUAUUUACACGUUUACCGGCUUGUUUUGGUGCCUCACUGUUAUGUAAGGUGACACGGAGUCCUUCUUAUUUUACUCGUCCGUGAGUUUAUUUAUUAUGUUGAUAAUGUCGUGCAUACCACCAUUUCGUUUUACAUAUUUUGAUAAUUUAUUCGAUACAAAUGGCGCUCUGGUAGAGAUAUUAUUAUCAGUUUCUUAUUUACACACAGAUUAUUAUUACUAUUGAUACAAUAAUAAUAAUUAUUUUAAUGUUAUUUAUGGCACACUACAAUACCUUUAUUUUAUGGUUGUGACUUGUGAGAGAUGAUUUAAAAUGGAGGCAUAUUCAUAUUUACUCAUGUCAAAGUCUCUCUACUCGCAGUUCCACAAAUCACCGGUGUGCUUACAUAUUUUGUUAUAACAUCGUUUCAACAGUGGGGUAACUCUGACAAUAAAUGGAACAGAAAUUGUCACGAGGAGGGAGUGUUUGACAUUAGUGUGGGUAUUUAAAUGAUAAUUUCAUAAAUUGUGUGAAAAUUUUAAUAAUUAGCGCUAACCCAUAUUUUUCGUAAUAAACUUUGCACAUUCUUUCAGUGUCAUAUUAAAUAAUAAACGCAAUGUAAAGUUACUCCAAGUUUAAAAUUACUUCUCCCUGUCAUGUAAUUCUGUAGUGACAAAGGUUAGAUAAUAAGAAUAACUUUACUUUGCGAUUAUUAAUAACAUAGUCAGUGUGCAUCAAAGGGAUAAAUAAAAUAAGUGACAAACGCAGUUCGAUCGCAAUUCCAAUUAUUCUCCAACAAAUCUGAUGAUUUGUGAUCGAAACGUUAAAAUCUAGGUAAUGAUGGCUUCCAUAUUACCUACCUACUUAAUAACUUGUCAUUUGUCUUAUUUUGCAAGAUUCGGAACUGAUCACUUGCCAUCAGACUCAUUAAUUGUUCUUUUAAUUGCUCCUACUAAAUAUUUAUGAUGCAAAUAAUUGGUAGUGUGAUUCCCGCUUAUUAUAUUUUAUCCCUUGCCCAAAUAUAGAAAUUAAGAAAUCUCUGUGAGUUUUCGUUGUAAUAAAAUUGUAAGAUCAUAUUUAUCGCCUUAGAAAGGCAUGUGAUGUGAAUUUUAAUGUGAUCCAGUAAAAAAAAACAUUUUUCAACA